UCAGAAUCCGCUGAGUGAGAAACCUUUUAACAGAACCCCUUACAGUGAGCACUUGUCAGACAACCUUUCAAGGCAGGCAGUUUUGAAGACCACCUCAGAAAUACUUUGUGAACAGUCCUGUGAGUUGAUGGGAAUGGAUUUUUGGGAAGAAGAUGGAUGAUUAUAUUGAUUGGCCAGAAGAUUAUAGUCUAACCACAUCUUAUUACUAUGAUACAGGCGUAGCCCCAGUCCGCAUCGUGGCGGGGGAAUCAUUUGCGUCUUAUGUUGUGCCACCGCUUUACUCUUUGGUGUUCAUAUUUGGCCUGUUGGGCAACUCACUGGUGGUGCUGAUUCUCAUCAGAUACAAGAAGCUCAAGAACAUGACCGAUAUCUACCUGCUCAAUUUAGCCAUCUCGGACUUGCUUUUCAUCUUCUCACUCCCAUUUUGGGCUUAUUACGCAGCCCACCAAUGGGUAUUUGGAGACGCAAUGUGCAAAAUUCUCUCUGGGAUCUAUUAUGUAGGCUUCUACAGCGGAAGUUUUUUUAUCAUCCUUUUGACAAUUGAUAGAUACCUAGCCAUCGUCCACGCAGUGUUCGCUUUAAAAGCCAGGACGAUCACCUAUGGCACCAUCACAAGCACAGUCACUUGGGUUGUGGCCUUAUUCGCCUCUGUGCCAGAAUUUGUAUUUCACCAUGUUCAAACGGAAUCUGAGACCCACAAAUGUACCAUUCAUUAUCCUUCAAAACAUGAAAACGAUUGGAAGCAAUUUUUAACUUUAAUGAGGGUUGUCUUGGGCCUAGCUCUUCCCGCAGUCAUCAUUGUCUUCUGUUACAUGCAGAUUAUAAAGAUUUUGAUUAAGGGUAGAAAUGAGAGAAAGCAGAAGGCUGUCAAGCUUAUUUCUGUCAUCAUGAUUGUUUACUUCCUUUUAUGGAUGCCAUACAACAUCACUCUUUUGUUGCAGACCUAUCAAGAUUCAAUUUUCUCAUGUGGCUUAAAAAAUGAUUGUGAGGGAAAGUUAUCUGUAGCCAUUGGGGUGACAGAGAUCAUUGCCAUGAUCCACUGUUGCAUCAACCCUGUUAUCUAUGCCUUUGUGGGGGAGAAAUUUAGGAAAUAUAUCUCUAUCUUUUUCCAGAAGUGUACAUUAGUUCCUCUCUGUCCAGGUCGCGAUCACCCUAGUUUAGACCGGUCUACUUCCUCCUACAUGAGUACAACAGAACAUGACAUUUCUAUUGGUUUGUAAAGUGAUUUCCAGUUGUGUGCUCUUUUUGUUUGUGUGCCUCUGUUUAGUUGCUAUGCCUAAGGAGCAGAGGACUAUCAUGAUGAACUCCUGCACAUUAAAAUUUAUAAGUAUACUACU